GUUUCUUUUACAACGGCUACAAAAUGAUGGCCAAGGAUAAGGGUCUGGCCGUGGCUGGGGCGGUGGCCCCUUUACCGGCUACCGUGGAUCUGGAGUGGUCCGCCGAAGAGGAGGUGCAUCUGUUCCACGCGAUGGAGGGACUGCGACCUGUGGGCAUCAACAAACACUUUUACAUGUCUUGCAUUGCCCAGCGGUUCUCCAAGGCCCUCAACCGUGAAGUGCCCAGCGAUAUGAUUUGGCGGCACCUAGAAACCAUGUACAAGUUAAAGGAACUCGACCACCUCGAGUCCCUGCCCUUUCCCAACGAGGAGCGCGAGUUCUGCCUACCAGAGCAGGAUUAUGGCUCUCUGCAGACCAAAAAGACGUCUGUGGAGGUAAACACAGCCGUGGAGGCAACUCCGGCUCCACCAGGAGAUGCGAACAGCACUGCAACCGCCGACAGCAAUGGAAAAGCUCCCGUUACCAAAGCACCGAUUCCUGCAAACAGCACAAAGGAUACCGAAAAGAAGGCAUCUAGCAAACCUGCAGAACUACCUAAGCGCCCGGCCAAACGGACUCGUGGCUCCAUGUCGAACGAAUCUAUCAGUCCCUCAACCACACCCCCGCCAGUGCAGAGUAACAAACGCCGUCGCAUCUAGAAACUCUACUCGAAUGAACAGCUGUUAUGACAAGUCUUAGUUAACUAGCUUUACUGUACAUAAAAAAACGAUUUAUUCUUCGAA